AUGCAGAGUGCCACAAAUUUGUUUCCCAAUAGCUCCUUUAUUCAUCCUCCAGGUUUCUAUAUUGUCGCUCUCAGCUCUAUGCCUUACACGAAUAUCUAUGUCAUUUUCCUUGCUGUACUUUAUAUAUUUAUAGUCAUGUUCAAUUUAUUUCUGAUCUGCAUCAUUUUAUAUGAUCAUCGUCUACAUGUUCCAAAGUUCAUGGCAGUUGGGAAUCUGGCGGUGGUUGAUCUUGUGCUCAGCACAUCUCUCGUGCCCAGCAUGAUAAAUAUUUACCUUUUCAUGGAUAAUUUUGUGCCAUUCAAUUUGUGUCUUAUGCAAAUGUACACUUACUACACAUUUUUGUCACUUGAGUCAUUUUCUCUGUGUAUUCUUGCUUAUGACAGGUUAAUUGCAAUCUGUUUGCCCUUGAGACAGGAGUCUAUAAACACAAACACCACUAUGGCCUAUAUAAUUGGUGGAGUUUGGAUUUUUGGCCUUGUUGUUACAGCUUAUUGUCCAGUAUCUGUUAUACCCCUGUCCUUUUGUGGCUCUGUUCAAGUCAACAGCUAUUUCUGCACUUACACUCUCGUUUUUAGACUUUCCUGCAGCGAUACAACACGGCAAUUGAUUUACGCCAUCAUUCUAACUAUACUCUUUGUGUUUGUGACCUUGAGUUUUAUUUUGCUGACCUACAUGUCUAUACUUUUCUCUGUAUUCAGAAUGAAAAAUAUUCAGAGCAGAUAUAAGGCACUUGCUACAUGCACAGAGCACCUCAUAUUAGUGGCCUUAUUCUUCAUUCCUAUUCUUGUCUUUUUCAAUAUUACAUUUUUUGAGAUAGUUAUAAACCCAGAUGUAAGCAUGGUGGCGUUGUCCCUGUCGGUCUGCAUUACAUCCUGUGUGAAUCCCAUCAUGUACUCUCUGAAAACUAAAGAGAUCAGAAGCAGGGUUUAUGCUUUGUUUGUCAAGAAACUGACAAUUCAUCCACAUCAAAAACAUGAAGGUUAA